AUGGCCUGCAGAAUUGGUGCUCUAUCGUCCAAAUUGUCUUCUCAAAGUCCAUUUUUUGUUCAAAAUUUAACUCGAUGCAACAAUAUAAAUUCAUUAGCUCUGCUUAAGCAAAAUACGAUUGGCCUGAAUAGCAGUACAAGAUUAGCUAGAAACUACUCAACUAUCAAGACAAAUUUUAGAUCAUCCGCUUGGGGAUCGAAAUUUGCAGUAGCAGGUGGAGUAGCACUUGCCGUGUGCGGAACAGCUGUGAUUGUUAAUUUUAUUUCCCAUCGACAUCAAAAUGUCGUCUAUGCUGCUACGCAAUCGACACAAGGACAACACAAUUUAUCAGUUAAACUCUAUCAGUAUCAAAAUUGUCCCUUUUGCUGUAAAGUGCGUGCAUUCCUCAACUAUUACAAUAUUCCUUAUGAAGUGAUCGAGGUCAAUCCUCUCACUCGUUCUGAAAUUAAAUUUUCAAAGUAUAGAAAGGUCCCAAUUGUUAUGGUCAAUGAUAUUCAGUUAAAUGAUUCUUCACUUAUUGUAAGUGUUCUCCAAACAUUUAUGCUACGCAGCGAUCAAGUUGGUCUAGAUGAGAUAAUUCGCUAUUAUCCUGAGCUAAAAUCUACUGAUAACAAAGGUAAAGAAAAGAUCGAGUAUGCUAAUCGAUAUCAAAUUAUGCUAGGCGAAGUUGAUAAAGAUCCAAAGCGAAAAAAAGAAAAUAAAUGGCGUCAGUGGGUUGACGAUGAAUUUGUUCAUACCUUAUCACCAAACAUCUAUCGCACUCCAACAGAAGCAAUACAAGCUUUCGAUUACUUUACUGAAGCUGGUAGAUUUAAUUGGUUCGAAAGAUUUACUGCCCGUUAUGGCGGUGCUAUUGCCAUGUAUCUCGUUAGUAAAGGUUUAAAGCGCAAAUAUAACCUAAAAGAUGACGUACGUGAGUCUAUGUAUGAUUCUGCAAGCAAGUGGGUUUCGGCAGUUGGCAAAAAGGAAAAAUUUAUGGGAGGGGAUAGUCCCUCAUUAGCCGAUCUUGCGGUAUAUGGCGUUUUAAGUGCUAUAGAAGGUCUUGAUGCUUUUGAAGACUUGAUGAAAACGGUUCCUUCAAUGAAACCUUGGUAUGACCGUACAAAAGACGCGGUUAUGUCACAUGGUGGAUGCCCCAAAGAAUGA